CCAAAUGUAGACUGCCGAACAUGCUUGCAACCUCCGUGACAUGCUGGGCAAACACUUGCGGGAGCACUGCACAACCGACGAUCACUUGGACGCUACUCUAAGCUCUCUCUAGGUUGCCAUCGACUUUCUUUAAAAGGCGUUCAUGCACCCUGUAAAUCCUUUCCAUCUCACCAUCUUCCGAAGGUGCGUUCUCUCCGCUUGGAACAGACUUUCGUGAUUAUUCCUCAGCCUUGCAUCUCGUCACGAAGGAAUCCAAAGCAGCUUGAUGCAGACAGUCAUUCGCCGUCGUCCUCACUACUAUUUUUGUCCCUUCAUUCAGUUCCUGCGCUCAAUAAAAUGGCGUUGAGCAACAUUGCCCAGCGCAUGACGCAGACCUCCGUCGAGAAAGACCCCAUCGAUGGCACUUCUCCUCAGAUGUAUGGAGAAGAGAAAAAGGACGUUGAUGGCGACGUUGAAAUGGGUGGUGAUCCUCCUCGUCGUAUGAGCAGAAUUGACGGGAAGUCCCAUGCCGCCUCGGACACUGAUUCGACCGUGAGCAUUGGGCAACAAAUCGAGAUGGAGAAGGAUAAUGCGAUCAAGUACCGUACUUGUAGCUGGCAGAAAACUGCUUUUUUGCUCUUCUCUGAGUACAUAUGCUUGGCUAUCAUGUCGUUUCCCUGGUCUUACUCAGUCCUGGGACUAGUUCCGGGGUUAAUCUUGACUGUGGUUGUAGCUGGUCUGGUGCUAUACACUUCCCUGAUUCUGUGGGAAUUUUGCUUGAGACAUCCUGAGGUCAAGGAUGCUUGUGACAUUGGUCAAAUGCUUUUCUGGAACCACAAAUGGGCCUGGUACUUUACCGCGGUCAUGUUCUGCUUGAACAACACUUUCAUUCAAGGCUUUCAUUGCCUAGUCGGCGCCAAGUAUCUCAACACCAUCACAAGUCACAGCGUUUGCACCGUUGGCUUCUCCGCCAUCAUGGCUCUCAUCUCGUGGGUGUGCUCACUUCCUAGGACAUUUUCAGCCCUUGCCAAACUCGCGCUUUUUUCGGCUUUAUUCACUUUCAUUUCAGUGCUUCUCGCAACCAUCUUCGCUGGCAUCGAAGAUCACCCGACCGGAUAUCCAGACGCUGGCGAAAUCCAAGUCCUUGCCAUACCUCUAGCCGGAACAAGCUUCGUUAGUGGCUUGAAUGCGUUCAUGAACAUUAGUUACACCUUCAUCGGGCAGAUUACGCUUCCGUCGUUCAUCGCCGAGAUGAAGAACCCACGAGAUUUUCCAAAGGCUUUGUGGGCCGUUACCAUCUGCGAAGUAAUUGUCUUUGGGCUUGUUGGCGCCGUCAUUUAUGCGUACACCGGCACAAAUUACAUGACCGCUCCCGCCUUCGGCUCUCUUGGCAACGAAGUCUACAAGAAGGUGUCGUUCAGCUUCAUGAUCCCAACUCUUAUCUUCUUGGGAGUCCUAUACGCAUCAGUAACCGCUCGAUUCGUGUUCUUCAACAUCUUCAAAGGCUCUAGGCACAUGAGCGAUCACACAGUUCUCGGUUGGGGUGCUUGGGCGGGCAUUCUGGCCGUGACCUGGGUUGUUGCGUUCAUCAUCGCUGAGGUUAUUCCCUUCUUCUCCGACCUCCUUUCACUAAUGAGUGCGCUUUUCGAUUCCUUCUUCGGCUUCAUCUUCUGGGGCGUAGCGUAUAUUCGCAUGCGACAGGCAGACUUUGGCAAAGGAUUCUACAAGGCAAGGGGCAUCCGAGGUUGGCUCGGUUUCGCCUUCAAUGUAGGGCUCAUUGGCAUCGGGCUCUUCUUUCUAGGACCUGGCACCUAUGCGUCAGUUCAGGCCAUAGUCGACGGGUAUCAUGCAGGAAGCUUCGGUGGUGCUUUCUCAUGCCAAACAAACGGAUUGUAGUGAAUUCUACACGAGUUUGAUGGAUUUGGGGAACGAAAUGCUAACAAACUACGAUCGAGACACGUCAAAGGAAUGAUCUACGAUGCAUUUUCACAAGACGUAACGUCUAUACGGCAAAGGGCAACAACGAGCAUACUUCGCUUUUGAAAUACCUCUGUACACGAGAGGAAAACGACGAGUACAUGACGAUGCAGAGAUCACAGCUCUUCUAAUUUCACCCGUUAUCGAGAUGGCAUGAGGUUCAGUAUAUGUUAACGAACCAAAUUAUCCUAAAACUGAAUAUAUUGCGGCUACUCUGCCCUAGAUCAAAUCGCCAUGUCAAUCUUAUAAUUGAUUUCUUGAUAUGGCUGAGUAGGUGAAGCUGCGAUAGAAUGAAAGUGAACAGCCUGCAGAUAUUGGGGACCUUCGCAUGCGGCUGUGGCUGCCCUUUGUUCAGCUUUAUUCUCGGCGUACAUUAAAACAUCUAUUCGUGGAUAAACGUUUAGGGUCUAUUGCCUCCAUAUAGCCUCGUCGAAUGCGACCAAUUUUUUAACGGCAAUUUCUGUCCCUGGCGAGCAACAAGCAUGGAGCAUGUAUAAUUAUAUCGUUCGAACUUUGAAGAACCAUAAUAUAAACAGCAAAGGGAUAAAUAUAUUAACUCCUUUCUCGUCGUUCGCGUAGAGAA